UUAGACAGUGCGGUAAACUCCAGAAGAGAAAUACAAGUUUGCAUGGGCCAGAAGUAAACGGCGCAAUCAGAUAUUAAUAAUUAACAGUCCACACCAGAGGAUUAAUCAAUGUUUACGUUCUAUUAUACGGUGUUAGAAGCAUGUGCGGUAAUAUAAAUGAUUGGGAAGUUGAAGGGUUAGGAAAAUUAUAAACCUAAGGAGAAAAAAAUGAAGUAAGAAAAUCCGAUUCUUGGAUAUAAAAAAAAAACAUUUCUGGAAACAACGAAAAUUACCUGGAAAAGACUGUCAGGCUCUCUUGACUCACUCACAGAAAGGCGCUUCUGUUAUAACCGAAACUAGAAACAGUAAAACGGUUUGCUCCAAUGAUGCCAGACUGGAAGUGACAUUACAUGCUUUGAAAGAGUACCGUACCUGAAACAUUAACUCCUGAUGUUUCCUUUUCCCCUGCCAAGCUUGCAUUUGGGUAUGUUUCCUUAAAUUGCCGUGGCAAAACUACCGUGGUUGCUUGAACAGAAUUUGAAUGAAACGGACUGCUCAAGAGAAAUGGCUCUCUUGCAAAUUCUGGCAAAGGCAACGAGUCUGAGAGCAUCAUUUCUUAUAGUUCAGAUUAUUUUUAUUUUAAAACUUCAUACGAGUAUACAACAGGGUGCUGAUAGUAAAUCGGAGUUAUCUGCAAAUGGAAACAGUAAAGAUACCCCAAGGAUAUCUGCUCUUCUAGAAUCGUUGGAGCUGCUGCAGACCACAGAAUAUGAAGUUGUAUCUCCAUAUGAAGUAGAUCACAAUGGGAAGUAUAUUUCACAUGAAGUUGCCCACCACCACAGAAGGAAGCGAUCGGCUGGGAGCUGGGUGGAAGAAACUGUUCACUUCAGACUCCAUGGCUUCGGGCAAGACUUUCAUUUGGAACUCCAGUCUUCAGGUGGCCUGUUAGCACCUGGUUUUAUAAUACAAACCCUGGGGAAAAAUGGCACUACAGUUCUGGAGACAUAUCAGCAAGGGGACCUUUGCUUUUAUCAGGGGUCAUUAAGAUCAAAUACCAACUCUUCAGUAGCACUUUCUACAUGUAACGGCAUGUCAGGUUUGAUCAGGACACAGAAUACGGACUAUUUCUUGAAGCCUCUACCUCAGCAUCUUGCCUUGAAUGAAAACUACACUGCCUCUGCCAGCCAUCAGCCUCAUAUCCUUUACAAGAGGUCUGUAGAGACCAACAAGCACGCAGCAGACAAUGAAGUCAUAAUGGUUGAUAGACCUCAAGGCCACAGCAGAGAACAUCACCAUCACCAUCUUCAUAAUGACUACAAGCAUGGGAGAAGGCAAAAGCAGCAUUACUGUGGAAGGCGCAAGAAAUACAUGCCCAAGCCUCCAGAGCAGGACAUAUACAUCUUGCCAGAUGAAUAUAAAUAUAUAACUAGGCACAAACGGGCUGUUAUGUUCAAGUCUCAGGGAUCUCAGAAGAUGAAUGUUGAGACCCUGGUGGUAGUGGACAAAAAGAUGAUGGAAAAUCAUGGAAGGGAAAAUAUCACUACUUAUGUACUGACGAUACUGAAUAUGGUGUCUGCCCUGUUCAAAGAUGGAACAAUAGGAGGAAACAUUAACAUUGUAAUAGUAGGCCUAAUUCUUCUUGAAGAGGAUCAGACUGGACUGGUCAUCAAUCACCAUGCCGACCACACUUUGAACAGCUUCUGUCAGUGGCAGUCUGGUGUCAGUGGGAAGGAAGGCAAACGCCAUGAUCAUGCCAUCUUACUGACUGGACUUGACAUCUGCUCUUGGAAGAAUGAGCCUUGUGAUACUCUAGGUUUUGCACCAAUCAGUGGGAUGUGUAGUAAAUACCGCAGCUGUACCAUCAAUGAGGAUACUGGACUUGGGCUGGCCUUCACUAUUGCACAUGAAUCAGGACAUAAUUUUGGGAUGAUUCAUGAUGGUGAAGGAAAUGUGUGCAAGAAAUCUGAAGGUAACAUCAUGUCCCCAACAUUGGCUGGGCACAAUGGAAUCUUCUCCUGGUCUGACUGCAGUCGACAAUAUCUCAAUAGAUUUCUAAGCUCUGCCCAGGCCACCUGUCUUGCAGAUGAGCCAAAAUCGGUGAAGGAGUAUAAGUAUCCAGAGAAGCUGCCAGGAGAGCUGUAUGAUGCUGACACACAGUGCAAGUGGCAGUUUGGAGAGAAAGCCAAGCUCUGCAAAUUGGAGUUCAAAAAGGAUAUUUGUAAAGCUUUGUGGUGCCAUCGGAUUGGCAGGAAAUGUGAGACCAAGUUCAUGCCUGCAGCUGAAGGCACAGCCUGUGGGCCUGAGCUGUGGUGUCGCCGUGGCCAGUGUGUGAAGUAUGGAGAUGAAGGCCCCCAGCCUGUGCAUGGUCUUUGGUCAGACUGGUCACCUUGGUCUGGGUGCUCUAGAAGCUGUGGAAUAGGAGUCACCUAUCGGGAGAGACAGUGCACAAAUCCAAGGCCAAUGUAUGGAGGAAAGUUCUGUGAAGGUUCUUCUCGUGCAUACAAGCUUUGCAACACUCACCCCUGCCCUCCAGGUAGUGUUGACUUCCGAGCCCAACAGUGUGCCGAGUACAACAGCCAGCAGUUCAGAGGCUGGUACUACAAGUGGAAACCGUAUGCUCGUGUUGAAGAACAUGAUAUAUGCAAACUGUACUGCUAUGCAGAGGGAUUUGACUUCUUCUUUGCCCUCUCCAGUAAAGUUAAAGAUGGAACUUUGUGCUCACAGGACAGUUCCAAUGUGUGCAUUGAUGGAAUUUGUGAGCGAGUUGGAUGUGACCAGGUAUUGGGUUCUUCUGCAGUUGCAGAUGCUUGUGGGAUUUGUAAAGGGAAUAACUCAACUUGCAAAAUCUACAAAGGCCAAUACAACAAACAGCACUAUACGAAUCAGUAUUACAGUGUUGUAGUUAUUCCAGCUGGUGCCCGGAGUAUUCGUGUGCAUGAGUUAAACAGCUCCAAUUCCUACCUAGCAGUUAGAAACUCUAAUCGGAAAUACUACCUCAAUGGACACUGGACUGUUGACUGGCCUGGCAGGCACUCAUUUGCCGGCACAAUGUUUGAUUACAAAAGGCCCUAUAAUCGCCCGGAGAGCCUCACUGCUACAGGACCCACAAAUGAGACAUUAGUAAUUGAGAUCCUCCUUCAAGGCAGAAAUCCUGGUGUACACUGGGAAUACACACUUAGAAAACCAGAUCUUGACAAGAAGAUGGCUGCGAAACACAAUUAUACCUGGGCCAUCAUUCGUUCCCAGUGCACAGUAUCCUGUGGAGGAGGUCAAAUGACCACAAAAUCAGCAUGUUACAGGGAUCUACAUAUCCAAGUGAACAGCUCCUUCUGCAAUUCCAGGUCUCGACCCUUCACAGGACUCGUUUCCUGUAAUACUCAAGCCUGCCCCCCCAGCUGGAGUGUUGGAGAAUGGGGUGCUUGCAAUCGCAGCUGUGGAAUUGGUGAGCAAAUUCGUCAGGUACGCUGCUUACAGAGGAUUACUAGCAAGCAGAUGGAGGCUGUAGCGGAUUCCAAGUGUCCCCUUCCAGUUCCAGUACGCAGACAAACCUGUAAUAUCCACGCUUGUCCUCCUGCCUGGAGCACAGGUCCAUGGUCUGAGUGUUCACGCAAAUGUGGAAAAGGAACAAAGAAGAGGACAGUGGUGUGUAAGAGCACUAACCCAACCACAAGGUCUCAGAUCCUUCCAGGCGGCUCUUGCAUGGCUGUUCCCAAACCCAAGACUCAAGAAACCUGUUUUCUUAAACGCUGCCAGAAACACCGUAAUUCUCAAUGGUUUGUCUCCACAUGGCAGGAGUGUUCGGUAACUUGUGGCGGAGGGAUUCAGAGGCGAUUUAUAAAGUGUGCAGAGAAGGAUACUGCAGGAAAAUACAAAGAGCUGGUGGCAAAGAAGUGUCACCACCUGCCCAAGCCUGCAGUUGAGUUGCAGAGGGAGUGCACUCUGGCUGCCUGCCCCAGUACUGUCACUCGUACUCAGUCUACUGCUGGCAGGGCUGUCUGGUACUCCUCUCCCUGGUCUCAGUGCACUGUGACGUGUGGAGGAGGGGUUCAGGGACGCGUAGUGCAAUGCUUAGCACAAGGAAAGCCUUCCUCUGGGUGUUCCCUUCAUUUAAAACCCAUCAUGAUUCAGGCCUGUAACACUAAUUUUUGCCCUGAACCUAAAAAGAAAGAUGUGGCAUGCAAGGAUUACUACAGUUGGUGUUACAUGGUGCCCCAGCAUGGAGUAUGUAACAGCAAGUUCUAUGGCAAACAAUGCUGCAAAUCUUGCACUCAUUCAAAUUUAUGAAUUUGUGGAAAAAAUGCACAAUUAUGAAACCGGAAUGACAGAUUAACCAAAAAGGCAUCUGUACAUGUAGGUGUAGGUUAUACCAAACAAAGGAAUGAAUCAAAUGACAUUUUCUAGAGCAUGAGCAUGGACUGAAACAAAAAAGACAUUUUGAUAUGCCUGGAAAAAGAGAGCCUUAUUAAACUUCUAAAGUACUGCCAACAAAGGAGGUCUGAAAAUAGGCAUGGAGGAUAAUAGAAGUCUUAAUAAAAUGGCACUGCCCAAGGCUCAUGAAAACUUUUUUCACAAUGGGAAAAUGGUAUGACAUCAAUAACAUCAUUGCUUACAGCACUCUGAAAGAAUAACUUUUAAGUUCUCCAAGAAGAUGUAGUAGCUUUUACUGACCUAACCAACACUGGAUAAUGGAUUUUACCCACCACUGAAAUUGAAACCUGAAUUCCACUCUUAUGGGAAUCUUGUUCCCAUGUGUUCUGAAGCAGCCAUAGAAAAAAAGUUUUUUUCCCUUAAGAACACAAAUCAAGUAUUCACACUGUGUUUAUUUUAAGUGUUACGUUUGAUAUGGACUUUUCUGUGGGAGAAAGAGCCAAGAGGUCACUGACCAGUAAGUACACAGCUGUGUGAAAGGAACCAUGAAGCGGCUUUCAAAGACAAUGGAAAUGACAAAUCUCUGUCUACAAAGAGAAAAAAAAAAUCCAAUUUAAGCAUUUCUUUCUCUUCUAUCCUACAGCAUUCACCACUGAAAAGAACAAGCAUUACUUAGCAGAGACUAUUUGUUUGCAGGGGGUUUCUGAACAUGACCUGGAGAAUACUUUUUUAAGGUGCUAUUAUCUUAAAUAACUACAAAUAGUUAAAUGAGUGAAAAAUACAGCCUUUCGCACAAAUUUCAAAGAACCACUGAAAAGCAUGUUAUUGUUCUAAAUCAAAGGUACUUUUAUUUAUUAACAUUACUUCAGUAGCUUAAAAGUUUGGAAACAAGUUUGUGUCUACUCAAUGCUACUGCUUCAUGUAUAGUACAGUACACCAAGUUUCAUUGUGACAUGCAGAGCAGUCAUAAUAUAACAGUAGAGAAGCUUUUUGUUAUUUUUACUUGUUGCUCACCUAUUCAUAUACACAAGCUCCUACCAUAUAUGAUAACAUUCUUAGAAGUAUUCUUCGUAAAAAAUAUCUUCUUGUGGUCAAAGCACUGACACACUAGAAGUAGUAAAACAAACUGAACACAUUAAAACAUUUUUUUCAAGAUUCAUGGAUGGUGCUUUAGUCUUUUAAGGGACAUUGUGGUAUUAAACAUUUCUCAAAUAUUUAUGUUUUCUCAAAUUUUAUAAUAAAUUUUUAUUGAAAUCGCCAAAUUAGUUGUAAUAUGUUCAUUUUGUUUAAACACUGCAUACCGCAAAAUGGAAAUUAAAUGAAAAUGUAUAUUUUACCUUAACGUGGUAAUGUAAAAAGUAGUAUUCACUCAUGUUUACUCUAAUUUUGCUGAGAGACCCCUUGGACAUUUUCAUUCUUUGGAUACCCUGUGACACUAUGAAAAGUGUAUUUAAACUAAUGUACAUUUCCUUUUUUACUUCAAGAAACAUUUCUUUCAGCCACCACCAUCUCAGUUUAAUUUCCUAGGCUUAUAGGAAUUGGAAAUAGCAGCCACGUCAUCAUACCAAUGUGCUGUGAAUGCUGACUCACAAGUUUUACUCAUAAGCUCCUUAGAAACUAUUGUUUCCAGAUGGUGUCUGACUACUGGAUAAAGUUCAACAUGGAUAUAUAUAUAUUUAUGAUUUUCUUUGAUUAUCGUUUAAUAUCCCACAUGUUCUUUUUUGGUUUAAUAAAACACAUA